AUGGCUUUUCCUCCUUAUCGUCAUUCUCACUUCCGUAGCAAAACUUAUAACACUCUUGUCCGCAUUCUCUCCCACGUUCCAACUCAAUCCGUUAAUAUUCCUGAUGAUGGCAAUGUUAGAAUGGGGCAAGAAAACCAGGAACUGGAGGCGGUUGGUUCUGAUGUUAUGGAUCCCAAGGGUUCUAUACCCUUGGAGGAAAUACUUGAUGUUCAUGAGAUCGUUGAGAGGGUUGGAGAUAGGAGCAAGGAUUUUAGUGUCAAUGAAAUUGUCCUUGACGAUGAAGACUCUCUGAUGGGAAUAGACGAACCAUCCUCACAUACAAGUGAUUUUCAUUUGGAACAAAUAAUAGACGAAUUGGAGCUUGUUGUGAAAGGGACUGAAGAACCUGUUUGCAAUGAUGGUUUAAUACCUUUGAACUGUGAGAAACAGAAUAGUGAUAGUGAAGUUGAUUUGAUGGAUUACCAAGUAGAGCAUGUUGAAUUUCUGCAUUCUGGUACAAACACGUCUGGAAUUGUAAGUGAGGUACCUGUGGAGCUUAAUCAACUUGACUCAGAAGUCUUACAGGUGUUUGAGUCAACGAAGGGACAGGCUUCUGAUUCUGUAAUCAGUACAACAAGUAUAAAUCAUGAUAGUCAACAAAAGGAAACAGAAUUGGUGAAAUUGGUUUGUCCUGUAGCAGGAUCGCUUCCUACAAUUCGAGAGGGUGAAUUUGAGAAGGAAGAACAGGAUGGUCAUCAGGUUGGUGAAGUAGCUCAUAGUUCUUUAGAUCAUGAUAAGAUUAUUGAAGCAUUGAAUAUGACAGAAGAUGGUGGAUUAUUGGAUUCAACAAUUAUGGAAGAUAAAUACAAAACACAAAAUAAAGAGAAAUCAGAGAAGUUAAUUUGUGUGAUGGAUGCUACAAAUUCUUCCAAUCUUCUGAUCGAAGAAGGAGAUCUAGAAGAGGGAGAAAUUUCUGGAGAUUUUGCAAUGGAUGGUAACACAUUUGACGUGUCUUCUGCGGAUACUACAAUUUCAGAACAGAUGAAAGUGGAUGAGAUUCAGAAACCCGGGAAUUCAUUUGGAAACAAGGCAGCCCCCUUCAAUAUGGGUAACAAUGGACUAGUAGAACCUAGGACUAUCAAUGCCAUUCCAACAUAUUUAACCCCCAAACAAGUCUUGCACAAAGGAUUCAUGGAAGAAACCGCUAUCAAAGAUCAUGGUAACUCGUCUGCUGUACAGCAGAUGGCUGAUGCCAACAGAAAUGAACAAAGUGAUCCUGGCCCUAAGAAGAAAAACAUAAAAGAGGUAAUUGAUCCCAGUAGAAAGCGAAAACGUAUUCCUGAUUUAGAGAAGGAGGAGGAUAAAAAGAAGGAAAAGGUUGAUGCUGGUAAAAGUAAACGUGGUCCUGGUUCUCGAGAGAAGAAAAUUAAAAAAAGGGAGAAGUAUCGAAAGAAAAGAGCAGAAAAGAACAGAGAACUAGGUGUUAAAAGGUUGAAGUUGAUUCCAGUACAGAAACCAAAAACCAUCGCAUAUUGUCGCCAUUAUAUGAAAGGAAGGUGCAAUGAGGGUGACAAGUGCAAGUUCUCUCAUGAUACUGUUCCUGAAACAAAGUCCAAGCCAUGUGUUCACUUUGCUCGUCACUCUUGUAUGAAAGGGGAUGAUUGCCCAUAUGAUCACCAACUCUCCAAGUAUCCUUGUUCCAAUUUAGUUUCUAAUGGCUCUUGUACUAGAGGUCAUGCUUGUUUGUUUUCACACCAGGUACCAAUCAAUCAAUGUAUACCUACGCCUACAAAUGCUGGCAAACCAGAGUCACAUUCUCCUCUUCCGUCAGGAAAUACAAAUUUCAGUACGCCACUGAAUAAUCAUGGCACUAGUUCUGUCCAGCAAAACCACUUCACCAAUUCUAAGGGAACAGAAACUUCACAGACAAAACCUACCUCAGCACCCAAAGGAAUUAGAUUCAUAAAUGUUGCUAACUUAUCAUCUAGUACGCCAAAACAAGACACGAUAACACCAAACAAGGGAAGUCUUGUCCACAAUGGGAAGUGUGCAGAUAAAGGUCAAAAUACUGCAGAAAUUCCUAAGAAAUUUUCAGCCGUGACGCCCAAGGGAAUCAACUUUCUUUCUUUUGGCAAAGGUUCCGUUUGCAGCUUCAAAAGUUCUAUUCAAUCCACUGCACAAAAUUUACCUCAAACUGCGCUUUUCUCACAUAAUGAAAUUUCAGACAAAAAGCAAUCCAUGGUAGAACGAAUGAAAUCAAAGUUUCUAGAGAAAGAUUCAACCGAUGAUUCUGUGAGGGAUCACAGCCAUUGUAAAUUGGUUCAAGAGGUAAAAAAGGCGUCUGGCAAUUCUCAGACUUCAAAUGUGACCUCAGCCACUCUUCUUUCCCGUCCGUUUGUUUCACAUCAGUCUUCCGGAAGCCUAGUAUCUGGAUAUCAUAAACAAGCAUCAAACUUAGGCCAAAGGGCACUCUUAUCAACUUUAGCUUUUGCAGCAGAGCAUGAAUCAGAUAUUAAAAUGAAAUGCCCCACUGUUGAUUCACCUGUAUGA